AUCAUUUUAAAGUCUAACCCACCUGCUUAGUGAAAGUGAAACUGAACUGCUGAAGCAAAUCAGUUGUGACUUGGAAUGAUUUAGAAGUAAAGAAACAUUUAGGAGUCUUUCACGAAAUGGAAAACUAUCCUUAUACCGUUUUAAUGGAAAUACCGAAUUUGGGAGGAAAGUAUAAAGAAAGGAUCGAGUCUUAUUUUCGAAUAAAACGGAAGUCUGGCGGCGGAGAAUGCAGCAAACUAAAACACAUUGAUGGAAAUUUGUACAGCAUUUCUUUUGAAAACGAGGACGCUCAAAAGAGAGUUCUCAACACAAAGGAUCACAACAUCAAUGUUGGAAAUGAAACAGUUAAAAUCACAGUGUGGAGAAAAGAAGCCGAUCCACUUCAGGAAACAUUUGCAAUGGAAGAAAAUCUGCAAAAUCAAGCAGCUUCUGACACACAGGGCCUUUUUGCUGGUUCAACCAAAAAGGGAAACCUGAUUGUCCAGAAAGUUGACAUUUACCUUUGCCGAUACCUCCAAGACUGCAAAGAUGCAACUGACGACCUAACUCAACAGCUUUCACAAAUUAAUUGCACUGUACAGUUCUCAAAAGAAAAUGAUGAGAUGGUGUUAAUUCAAAUGACCAAUGGAGAAAUUGCCAAUUGCUCUGAAAAAGUUGAGGGUGUUUUUAAAAUUAUGGAGGAGAAGUAUCGCUGCCACUUUGAAACAGAUCCUAGAAAACGACAGAUUCUUCUGAAAAUGCCACAUCUUGCCAACAAGUCCAUCCGAAUCUACCACGAAACUGCUCAGAGUUUCACAGUUAUGGUUGGUGUAAAUGCAGACAUCUUUGAACUUUUAACUGUGGUAGAAGGUGUGGCAUCACAAGACAGGCAAGGAGAGUCAAUUAAAAUUGAAUUAAAGGUGUCCAAACCAAAGUACAUCCUUCUUUGUGAUUUAUUUGAAAAUGCCAUGGAAGGACAAAUAAAGAUAACCUAUGAUGGCAAGUCUUCUCUGCACCUUGAAGGAACCCCAAAUGCAGUUAAAAAAGGAACUUGCAUAUUUCAGGAGCAAUUAAAGAAAAUCCUUGAACUAACCAUCCGAUUAUCAAAUUUAUUGAUUUCUUUCUUAAAAUUAAAAAGCACACAAGAUGCAUUGAGAGCUUUAUUCAACACCUUCAGUAACACUGUGACCAUGGACAUUGACCUUGAUGUGACACUUUUUAGUCUUUCAAAAGAAACACUGGAAGAAGCUGAAAAGAUUUUACUUGCAGAUCUCAGGAAAGAAGACGUUAAUGUACCAGAAAGCUUCAAGUCGACUCCUAUACAAGAAAAACUGAUGGAAUUUGUACACAAAUUAGAUUGUAGGAUAAACAAGAAUUUAACAAGAGUGUGGGUUAAAGAAGAUGCCAAAAAGCAGAAAAUUUGUGUGGCCGGCUUUACAGAAGAAGUCAGAGCUGUAAUCAAAGAUCUUUCUGAGUAUUUUGAGAAAAAUGCCUUAACAACAGUGCAUAUUCCUUUACAGUUUCCACAGAUAGCUAGUUCUUUAAUUGACCUUUUAAAUCUUAAAGGUCUGCAGUUUAGUGGUGUCGAAUUAAAGGUGGUAACAACUCCUCCGAAUGUCAUUAUUACAGGACCUCAACAGCAGGUGACCAGUGUUCAAAGUUCCAUUCAGAAGGCUUUGCCUUCAAUAAUUCUGGAGGACCUGGUCAUCCCAAAACCAGGCGCCUACAAAUACUUCAGUGAGCAUGGGAGCUCAUAUCUUUCUUCGAUCAGCAAAGAAUAUAAUUGUGUAAUCAAGUUUAAGAAAGACACUAACAUUGAACUACUGCACACCAGUGAAACACAAAGGAAUCUGUGUGACUUUAAGCUUGAAACAGGCAAAGUGCUUUCACUUCGACAAGGCGAUAUAACUAAAGAGAAAGUAGAUGCUAUAAUAAAUGCAGCAAAUGAGCAGUUGAGUCAUGGUGCAGGAGUGGCUGUGGCCAUUAGCGAUAGUGCAGGACCUGGCUUUCAAAAAGAAUGUUCUGAACUGGUAAGAAGGCAAGGAAAAAUAAAGACUGGAAAAGCAGUGCUAACAAAGGCAGGGAAAUUACCUUGUAAAGCAGUCAUUCAUGCUGUUGGCCCAAACUGGAGUGAAGAGAAUAAUGUAAACAGAGUAAAACAGUUGCUAGGAUCAGCCAUUAAAGAAGCCUUAGAAAUUGCUGAACAAAAAGGCUUUCGGACAGUGGCAAUGCCCUGUGUCUCCUGUGGAAUAUUUGGUGUUCCCAUCGAACUGAGUGCAGAAUGCAUCAUUUCAGCAGUGAAGAACUUUGCCAUAACAGCCCACAGUGUUCAUUCAAUCACAAUUAUCGAUAUCAACAGAGAUACACUAAAGAAGUUUGAGGAUAUUUGCAGAAAGCUUCUAGGAAUACAAGAAGCCACAUUAAAUCAGAACCGGAAAAUAGAAAAAUCAUCACACGUUAACAUGUCUAUGGAUGAAGAAGAAAGCCCAAACCUUCAAGUUGAAGUUGUUUUGGGAAAACUGGAGGAACAAAGCGACAAUGUUUUGGUGGUUCCGAUAAUUGGAGGUGACCUUAAUUCAACACAAGUCUCCAUGGAUUUUCAAAACAAAGCAGGAACAUUAUUGCCGAUGGCAUUUUCUCACUCAGCUCAAGGCAAACAUUUGAUCCCUGGUGAUAUACUCCCGAUAUAUGAUGUAUCAAAUCUAAAAUGCCUCCAAGUCCUCUAUUUAUUUUGCAGCAAGUGGAAUGACCCUCAGGGACAUGCUUUAGAGAUUCUUAAAAGAGGGCUACGUAAUUGCCUACAGCACUGCCAUUCCAAUGCUCUACAAUCAAUUGCGAUUCCUGUGAUUGGACCUGGCAGAGCACUGGGUUUUCCUCAUGAGGCUGCUAUCAAGGCUUUGCUGAAUGAAAUUGGCCAGUUUGAGAAGAAUUUCAGUGCCAGUUGGCUGAAAAAAGUGAGAAUUAUCAUUCAUCCAAAUGAUAAGAAUUCUGCUAUGGUAAUUCAAGAAGCAAGCACAAAGUUUGAUUUUAAGAAUUUAAAGAUGCAUGUUUCGUCAAAUAAAUCACAUAUGUUUCAUUCCUUGACAAGUUUCACAAAUGAGGUCACUGUGAUGGCAGGCAAUGUCAGACUGCAGAUUGUGCAUGGAAAUAUACUGGAUGAAUCUACAGAUAUCAUUGUCAAUUCAACAGAUUUUCAGAGUACACAUGCAGGAGUAUCCCAAGCUAUAUUGUCUGCUGCUGGAACAGAUGUGGAAACUGAACUUCAGAAUGCAUCUAGCCAUUCUGGAUUGGUAAUAACUAGAGCCGGAAAACUGCGGUGUAAAAAAAUCAUUCAUAUUUGUGGAAAUAACGAUCUCAACCAGAUUAAACACAGAGUACAGGAAGUUAUAGAAAUUUGUGAAAAACAGUUCUUCCGAUCAGUCUCAUUCCCUGCUAUUUGUACAGGAGCAGGUGGAUUACAACCUAAUGCUGUGGCUAAAGCAAUGCUGGAAGGAAUUUCUGCUGCAGUGCAAAAAACCUACAAUGUCUCCUUAAUCAGAAUUGUUCUUUUUGAGAAAAGAGUUUUUGAUUUCUUCAAGAUGACACCGAAGUUUUAUGAAAACCAACAUCUUUACAGUUCCUCAAAAAAGUCACCUAAUAGCCUGAAGCAGAUAUUAGACUUUCCAGAAAUGGACAUAACUCCUGCUCUUUUUGAUGUGAUGGGAUGGAAUGCUAGUGAUGUACAAAAUACUAAACAAAAGCUGGAAUCCACCUUCAACCAAACUUACCAUGAACAAAGCCUAGAAGAUGAUUUGUUGUGUCACCUUAAAAAAAAGGACAUAGACAUUAUCUUUGAAGACUCAGCACUUCACAGUGUCCAGGUGGCAUUUGAACACUGCAUCCAAAUCAGAUUAUGGUUCAAAGGAUUACGAGAGGAUGUGAUGCUCAUGGUCAACAAGGUUCAGGACCUCCUAAAACAUUUAUUAAAACAAAAGUUGCUGAAAAGUGCUGUGCAAUGGUGCUUUAAUGAAAAUGGAAAAGCAAUACCUUUCAACUCAGAGGCAAAUUAUGCCCUGGAAAAGGAUCAAAGUCAAAUGGUUACAGUCAUGGAUGACUCUGGGAGAAACUUCCAGGUUAAUAAAAUAAAAAUGGUAGCCACUAUUGAAAAUUCAUCACAUGAACACAUAGUGAUAAGGAUAACAAAAGAAGAUUUGGCUUCAAGAAUUCCUCCUUCAUGGACAAUGACAGAUAGUACUUCAGUUCAGAGAGUCUUACUUGAUCCUUCAUCUCUUGAAUUCCAACGAGUUUCAGACAUCUUCAGGCAGACUGCUGCUAAUAAAACUAUCAUCAGUAUUGAGCGAAUCCAAAAUGUAUUUUUAUGGCAAGCUUUUGAUAUAAAAAGAAGACAACUUAAAGAUAAGAAUGGGGAGGCUGCGUUAAAUGAGAUGCAUCUUUUUCAUGGCACUGACAAAGAUGCCUGUGAUUCAAUUGACAGAAAUGGUUUCAACAGGAGCUUUGCAGGACAAAAUGGAACCGUGUAUGGACAUGGCGUCUACUUUGCUAAGAACUCACAAUAUUCUGUUACAUACUCCCCAGCAGAUCAGCAGGGUCGACAUUACAUGUACUUGGCUCAGGUGCUGAUUGGAAAGUACACUACUGGAAAUUCCUCAAUGAGAGUCCCACCACCUAUUUCUCAGAGCAACAACAAUGACUUAUUUGAUAGUCUGGUAGACUCAGUUCCAAAUCCUACUAUCUUUGUUGUAUUUCAUGAUGAUCAGGUUUAUCCAGAGUAUCUUAUAACUUUUUCUUGAUCCUUUAUCUUAGGGAUGAUUAUUUUAAAUUCUUGAAAAUUGGUCAUUAAGCAGUUAAUGUCUAUAUAUGAUAUAAAUAUAUGGUUUUUCAUUUACUUAUGUUACUGUACAAAAAACAUUUUUUACAAUAGUUACAAUUUCAAAACAUUAGCAUUUUAACAAUAACCUUUUAGGAAGAAUGUGCUUAUUUUUGGCCAGGCAUCUAAAAAAAGGCUUUCAAACAAAAGAGACUGUAAACCAAAGUCAUGUUAAAGGACUCCCUCAAUCACCAGCCAUCAUUCAUUUUUGCAGCAUUUUCUGUGCUGUCCUCUGAUUUUUGUAUUGAAUGUACAUACAAGCUGGGACAAAAACAAAAUGAGCAAUAAAGUAAACACGUGUGAAACUCA